AAUUGAUCGCCUGGCCUGUGGUAUCGCGGAGAGAGCUGUAUCUCUGAGGACACGCCUGUAUCUCCGAGUGAUGGCCGACUCUCAGCCGAAGGGGCGCUGGUCGCCGACCUCUGUGACGUUGACCGAGCCGCCUCCGGAGCCGGAGGUAGCGGUCAACGCCGCGUCUCCGGCUCACAGCGCGUCACCUCGCCAGUCGCCGCAGCAGCAGCAGCAGCAGCAGCAGCAGUCGCCGCAGCAGGAGCAGGAGCAGGGCCAGUCGCCGCAGCAGCACCAACAACAGUCCCCACAGCAGUACCAACAGCAGUCCCCGCAGCAGCAUCAGCAGCAGUCGCCGCAGCAGCACCAGCAGCGGUCGCCGCACCAGCACCACCAGUUGCAGCCACUGUCUCCUCACCACCUGCAGUCGUCACCACCGUCGGUGCCGUCCGAGUCACCACGUCAUCACCACCAGAUGCAGCCUGUGUCGCCGCACCAGCAGAUCAUCCAGUCAGGAUCGCCGCAGCAGCAGCACCAGGCCCAGACGGGAUCACCCCAGCAGCACCAGAUCCACGGGGGAUCGCCGCACGCGCUGCAGAUCCAGACGGGAUCGCCGAUCCAGCAGCAGCAGAUGACGUCAGGAUCCCCGCGUCAUCAGAUCCAGGCGCGAUCUCCGCACCAGCUGGCCGGGUCUCCGCACCAGCUGGCCGGAUCUCCGCACCACCGUCACCAGCUGCAGUCGGGCAGCUCGCCGUACCAGGAGCAGCAGGAGCAGCUGCAGCGGCACCACCAGCUGCAUCAGCUGCAGCAGCACCGCGAGCAGCAGCUGCAGCAGCAGCAGCAGCAGCAGCCGCCGCUGCCCGAUCCCAGCACCAUCAUGGACAAGCUGCCCUCCUACGACAUGAACCUGAAGAAGGAGGUCGACGCGGACAUGCCAGUCUCUCACAGCUCGCAUGUCACGCACGGCUCUCAUGGCUCACCACACGUGGCACACACGGGCUCUCACUACUCGCAUGGCGGCUCUCAGUACUCUCACUCGUCCGGUCACGGCUCUCCGCAGUUCUCCUCGGAGACUGUCACCAUCCACGGCUCCCACGGCAGCCAGGAGGUGGCCUUCAAGACGGAGCAGCUGCCGGUCGAGCCGGUGCUGGUGGAGGGCACGCCGCACAUCGUGUACCCGAGCUCGGCAGGUGAUGAUAUGGAGCAGGGCGCCAUGGCCACACUGCGGCCCAUCACUCCCUCCAUGCCGGCACUCUCCUGCUCGGCUGCUGACGCCGGUCUCAGCUACUCGAGCCUGCAGAACGGCGGUACUAGCGCCGGCUCGCCGCUGCACACGUACGGUACCUCCGUACAGCCGCUGCUGAGCUAUGGCGGCGGCGCCUCGGCCAACUACUACACCCAGGCCACCGGCGGCUACACCAAACACGAGCGCUACGCCGGCGGCGGACAGGAGUACGACCUGAGCCCGUACACAUCCGCGAUUCCCGACUUCCAGAGGAUCACCGGCGCCACGAAGGAGCACGAGAUGGCCUGGGCGGCGUGCGGCGAGUUCGGCGCUACUGCGCAGGCGAUGGCCGCCGGCGGACAGGGUGGCCUCGUCUACCCGUCCGUCAACUGGUCGACGGUGAACGCCGCCUACGUCAGCAACGACGUGCGAAAACUGGACCUCAGUGACCCCGCUAACCAGGAGGGCCGCGAGUGCGUCAACUGCGGCACAGUCAGCACCCCGCUGUGGCAGCGCGCCUCGACUAACCACUACCUCUGCAACGAGUGCGGCACGUACAUGAAAAACUACGGCACCAACCGGAAUCCUCCGAAGGCGCCCGCCGCCAAACGCCUGAGUAACCCGGCGGCGGCUCGCCGCGUCGGACUCUCGUGCGCCAACUGCCAGACCACUACCACGACGCUGUGGCGCCGUAACAGCUGCGGAGAGCCGGUGUGCAACGCCUGCGGGCUCUACUUCAAACUACACCAGGUGAACCGGCCGCUGACCAUGCGGAAGGACGGCAUCCAGACGAGGAAGCGCAAGCCGAAGAACGUCUCCGGCGAUGCCAAGAACAUGAUAAAGUCACACGCUCGUCAGAACGCGCUGACCGCUGCUACCGUCACCAACGCGCUGGGCAGCUACGCGACCAGCGACUUCUACGGCCAGCACUACUGUGGUGACAUGUCGGGAGCCAGCGCCCUGCUGCAGGGCGGCGGCGCGGUGCCCGGGGGAGUCUCGGCCGCCGCCGCCGCCGCCGCCGCUGCCGCCGCCGCCGCGUCGGCCGUCUCUCACGGUACUCACAGUCGCAUCAUGUAUGGCGCCCCCGGGCUGGAAAGUAUGGGCCUGAGCGGGAUGGGGGCCGACUCCAAGCUGGACAAGCCUCAGGUGUGAGCUGCGCCAGCGGGCAGCGUCUCCCACCGUGUCGCCUGGUCCCGUGCCGGGUCGGCGACGGGUCACCUGGGGGUCGGCGCUGGGCGCCUGAUGUGGUGCACAGGUGACCUGAGCGCACGGUGGGAGUGAUGAGAUGGGUAUCAGUGCAUUAGUGGAUCGCUUCGGUGGUCUCAUCGAGCCAUUGUGGAGUAGACCGACAUCAGCUCUCGGUCUGUGUGAGUGUGUGUGAGUGUGUGUGUGUGUGUGUGGGGGGGGGUGUUGGUGUGUGUGUGUGUGUGUGUGUGUGUGUGUGUGUGU